UGGUACUGCUGUGUAGCUAAUCACGCCCCGCCUGUGAGCGUGUAGACGCCAAGGCUCUCCGGUUAGCGGUCUGCUGCUGGAGGGAGACCGUCAUACAGGGAAGGAAGGAGGGGGAGAGCCACUCGCUGCGAGGACCAGUGCCAGACAGCUUGAGCUGAAGCCCGGGAGAGACGAUGAUGGCGGCUGCUGUAGAGAGAGGAGGGGUUCGGGCUGCCUUCUUAAACCCAGGCAGCGGCGGUGGCGGUGGACCAGCGCCGGUAGCUGCCCCGGUUGGACUCGGAGCGGGAGCUGGAACCGUUGGCUCUGGAGGUCCGAUGUCCGUCCCAAUGAACCUUUUUGCCACUUGGGAAAUAGACCGCUCUUCUCCAAGCUGUGUUCCGAGGUUAUGCAGCCUCACCUUGAAGAAGCUGAUAGUCCUGAAGGAGCUGGACAAAGACCUCAGCUCUGUCGUGAUUGCUGUUAAAAUACAGGGUUCCAAACGGGUCCUUAGGUCUAAUGAGUACAUCCUCCCACCCAGUGGCUUGAUGGAGACCGACCUGGAGCUCACCUUCUCCCUACAGUACCCACACUUCCUGAAGAGGGAUGCCAAUCGGCUGCAGAUCCUGCUCCAGAGGCGGAAGCGCUAUAAGAACCGCACCAUCCUGGGCUACAAGACCCUGGCGCUGGGCAUCAUCAACAUGGCCGAGGUGAUGCAACACCCGAGAGACGGAGGCCAGAUCCUGGGUCUCCAUAGCAACGGGAAAGAGGCUCCAGUGCGUGCGGCGGAGAUCAGUGUGUUCUCUCUCUCCAGCCAGCCCAUCGACCUGCAGACUGGACCCAAGACCAAACCCUCUGAUCGUUCUCCAGACAUGGAUAACUACUCUGAAGAGGAUGAGGACAGCUACUCCUCAGAACAGGAGGCCAGUGAUGAUGGCGUUCAUGGACAGGACUUGUAUUAUGAGGAGAACGAGGUCCGAAAGCCAAAAAAGUCCCGGAGGAAAAUUAUCCGGACCACAUCCAUGACCAGGCAACCCAACUUCAAGCAGAAGUUUGUGGCCUUGCUGAAGAGGUUCAAGGUGUCAGACGAGGUUCUGGACUCUGACCCGGUGGAGCAGACCCAGGAGGUGGAGGAGGACUUGGACCUGCUGUACGACAGUCUGGAGAUGUACAACCAGAGCGACAGCGGGCCCGAGAUGGAGGACAACGACAGCGUCCUCAGCGCCCCCAAACCCAAACUCAAGCCGUUUUUCGACGGGACGUCCCUUUCCAGCUCGCAGGCUGAGUUUGGGGUCUCCCACACCCUGAAGCACCAGCACAGUGACAUCAUCUGUCCUAGUGGAGGCUUUCAGCCCACAGAAACGAGCAGGUCACCUGGGGUCAGGUUUCUGCACAGUGUUACCAUGGACACCUCUGCAGGGGAGGACACAGACUGCGGCAGUGGCUGUUAUGUCAGCGCUGACAGGCUGCCCGUUUCAGGGGGGAAACUGAGCAAGACCGAGUCCCAGGACUACAUAUCCCCCAGGGUGGAGAGGAGGCGGUGCCAGGCUGCCCGCAGCACCUCGCUGAGGGACCCACUGAAUGGCAGUGCCCAGAGCGUGCGCACCUACAGCGUGAACAGCGAGAGCAGGCCAGACUCCCGCCAUACCCCACAGCAGCCUAGGAAGUGUGUGUAUGACCAGCUGAACCACAUCCUUAUGUCAGACGAGCGUCUCCCUGAGAGCAUCAUUCUCAUCAACACCGCCGACUGGCAGGGCCAGUACCUGUCAGAGAUCCUCCAGCUGCAGGACCACCCUGUGGUGUCCACAUGCUCAGCUGCAGAUGUGCAGGUCACCUUCAGCACCAUUGUGACCCGGAUCCAGAGAUUCUGCAACUGCAAUGCACAGACUCCACCUACCAUGAAGGUGGCGGUGGCGGGGGACCAGAGUUACCUCAGCACCAUCCUGCACUUCUUCGUGGAGCAGCUGGCCAACAAGACGCCUGAUUGGCUGAGCUACAUUCGCUUCCUGGUCAUCCCCAUCGGCUCCCAUCCCUUGGCGAAGUACGUGGCGUCCUUCGACAGCAGGUUCAGCAGCAUCUUCAUGGACUCGGCCUGGAGGGAGGUGUUCUGCCGGACGGACCCCCCCUCCUCAGAAAGUAUUGAUAUAGCGGGGCGCAUCGUCCAGUACCUCUGUGGGGCAAACGUAUCGCACCACUUUCCCAUCUCAGAAGCCAUGCUCACCUACAGACAGAAGAGUGCUGAGGAGGACUCCUGCCAGUCGUUUGUGCCGUUUAUUGGGGUUGUGAAAGUUGGAAUAGUGGAACAUCUCUCCACUUCAGUAGACUCGGAUGAGGCCAUGGGGGGUGGUGUUGGGAUUCCGGCCUCCCCCUCCUCUCAGGGCCCCGCGUGUGGGUCCAGCACCCCCCCACAAUCCCCGUCUCCCUGUACUGCCGUCCCCGGAGCUGGCUCUCCUGGCGCAGGCAGUGAGGUGAUGGGGCUGCAGGUGGAUUACUGGGCAUGGCCGGGUGCAGACAGGAGGAGGGAGGGGGAGAAGAGAGACGCUGCGUGUCUGAAGAACACGCUGAAGAGCAACUUCCGCUUCCUCCAGGUCAGCCGCAUCCCCGCUGGGGGAGAACUCACCCCCCCGGCCAGCAUGGCCAUGACCGUCAUCACCAAGGAGAAAAACAAGAAGGUGAUAUUCCUGAGCAAGAAGCCGAAGGAGAAGGAGCUGGACGCCAAGAGCCAGGUGAUCGAUGGAAUCAGUCGACUGAUCUGCACAGCCCAGCACCAGCAUACCAUGCUGAGGGUUUCCAUCGAUGGUGUGGAGUGGAACGAUGUCAAGUUCUUCCAACUGGCUGCUCAGUGGCCCACUCACGUUAAGCACUUCCCCGUGGGGAUCUUCGGGUACACCAAGCAGCCAUGACCCGUCACGCCCACCCCUUCUGCCACACCCCCACACCUGACCCGCUUCCCUAUUUGCCACGCCCAGCCAUCAGAGCCAUAAUCCUUUACCUGUGGAAACUUCACUGUGUCAAAACUGAGUUCUCAAAAUUCCAUUUUGUUAUUAUUUUUAUACUUAAAAAAGAAAUAUCUUUUUUCUAAGAACUGUGCUGCUUCGAAAGUAUAUUUGACGUUAAGACACAAUGCCACCAUUCAAUGAUGGCAGCUGCAUUUGCACUUUGUUUUUGUUUUUUUUUUACCUUUAUAGCUGUGAAGUCCUGAGCGGACACGCUGUGUGACGUAUGUAAUGCUGGGCUGUCAGUCUUCUUAUCUGGAGGGAUGCAUGUGUGCUGAAUUGCUCUUUCCUCAGAAUGAAAUUACUUUCAUAAGACCCCUCAUUUAUUGCUUUCAGCAUUUUACGGUUUUCUUACCUAAAACAAGACGUAUUACUGCAGAAAAAUGCACCUUUUCCAUGCUCAGAUAUUUUAGUUAAAUAUUCAGGGAAACGCAUAUCCAGUAUGAAUAUCCAGCAUGUAGACUAUUAGUUUGUUGGAAUAGGGUAAGAGACCAGGGUGGAGUUAGUAUGUGCUGAACACACCAGGGGGGUAUUUCACAAAGCAGGAUCGCUGAGUUGGCUGGAUAACUGCGCUCAGUAAAACCCGGAACAGCUCUUUUUACUUCAGUCUAUUUUGGAGGGUUCCGGGUUUUACUCGGUGCAGUUAUCCAGCUAACUCAGUAAUUCUGCUUCCUGAAACGGGGCCCAGGGUGGAGUUAAUAUGUGCUGAGCUGAGUGUGUUAAGUGUUGAGUCCGGGUGUGUUGAGUGGCGGUGUGUUGAGCUGUGCUGAGGUGGGCUGGGCAGACAGAUGAAAGAGGAAUAUUGCUGUGAAAUUACCCAAGCACUCCCAGGCCUCUUAAGAGUUGCACAAUUUUUGUAUAAUUUUCUUAAAUGUUUUUUAUAUAUACAACACCUAUUAGCACUAACAUGCCUCUGCUUUUUUAAGCACACUGUGUACCGGAUGCAAACUGAAACCGAAACGCUUUCACUAUUAACGCAGAGCUGAAAUGGCUAGAUUCAGGAAAAAAGUGACCAGGUUACCAGCACACAAUGGGCGGAUUGUGAAAGUAGAAUUUGACUGAUUUUUAAAAACAAAAAAGCAGAUUUAUGCAGGCGUGGUGCUGAGGCCUCCAACUGCUUCUUACCCAAUUACAACUUCAGAAAAGGUUCCAACUUUCCGACAAAAUUCCUUCUCCUUUGGUUUGGUCCAGUUUGAAAGCUGAGUUGCCUCAGGACAAAAGCAAUGUGAGAAGAGUUUUAGAUGAAUAUGGGUAGAGAUGGCCAUUUUGUUUUAGUAGUUUUGGUUGGUGUUUAUGUUGAGUAUUGGGUGCGGAUUGAGUGGAUGGUUUCGUUCUCUGUUCUGAUAUGUAGUUCAGAGUCAAAUUGUUGAAGACUUUGGUUAAUACUUUUCCUUUUGGGAACCAAGCUUUUAAUGUUCAGUCUUAGAGACGAUGAACUGUUGUCCUUUAUGUCCACUUUUUACAGCCUUUUGACAGGCUAAUGUAUUCUGUGAUAAACCCACUGUUUCAGAUUGCUGCUAUCAAACUUAAGCACAAACUCACCUGGCAUUUCUUAUCUAGAUCAACACUAACCUGACGUUUCAGGUUAAAUCCUGGUGUUUGGGGCUAACGCCUGGUGUUUUGGGCGUUAAAUCCUGACGUUUGGGGUUAACGCCUGUUGUUUGGGGGUGAAGUCUUACAGAAUGAACAAACCUACCAAAAGCAUUGGUUCAUACCCAGAAACCACUCAAAACUGUGGAGCAGAAGCUCCAUUUACAUGCUUCUUCAUUUGUAGUUUUUGUUGUUAAGCCACCCCUGCUCAUGUCAGUUGGAUGUUAUUUGUCACCGUUACAGUGGAAUGUUGGUUUUAUUAAUUCCCAUGUUCCGGAACAUUCUGUCGCAUGUUGUCUGAGUGUUAAAGCGCUGGUGUCCUAUGCACUCUGCACCAGGUAGAGGUGCACUGUCCUUCACGCCUGACAAUUUAAACCCUCGGUUUUAAUGCACUAAACAUGGGGACCAGAGUAGACAAACCUUUAGUUAACAAAGGGUGAAUUUCAUGUGAAAUAGACUAACUGUAGGUCAGUCUUUUACUUUUAUUUUGGUGACUUGUCUGCUUUUUACCUAGUGAUAGCAGGCAUCUUUGCACAAACCUUGUUUUAAAGUACAGUAUGUGACACUAUUUUUAAAUUCACCACUAAAGAAAAACAUGGUUUAACCUCUGCAUGUUUUACAAGAGAUGUAAAUAUGUUCUGUAAUUUUAUA